GCAGAAGGCGAAGAGCUGGAAUAGAGCUCGCCUCGGCUCUGCUCUGCGGGCCUUGGCUGCAGCUCUUCCAGAGACCCGGGGCGCCCACAGAAGAAUCUCUUACCUGGCUCUCUCUUCAGGGAUGACAUCAUCGGCUCACACCAGUCUUCCAGGACCACCUUUUGGAUGCCAAGGCUGCUGCUGAAGUACCUACUGUGCACCUCUACCUCCUGAUCCAAGGAGCAUGGAUUCCAGGAACCCACUGGCAUACAGAGCAACUUUUUGUGGACCCCCCCAGGAUCAGGACAGCGAGGACAAGCGACAAAGAGGAUCAUCAGUGUCCAGCUAGUCUCUCUGGGGUUCAAACCUUGAACCAAUGCCCUAGUGAGGGGGCACUGGCCAUGACCCUCGACAUUUGCUCUGCUUGUGUCUUGAGUCCGAGCCCUUUCCUGUACAUUUGUGCUUGUGUUCAUCUGCUAGUGAACUGUAGUGCUGCCCUCCCCGAGAGGCGUUGUCCCUUGUGACUGACCAUGCUGUCCUAACAAUGUCCUGAGCAGAAGGGUCCCUUUGGGAACCUCUCAGGAGGGGAACCUGGGCCAGGGGCGAACAGCAUCUUGCUGGCAACUCUGUGGGUGGGGUGGGGUGGGUGCUUCCUUCUGGAAUGAGCAUGUGGCUGACCCCCAAAGGCAUGUCCUUUCCCCCCUCCUCCACCCACCUUUUAUUGCAGAUGUCCCCUUCCUUUUGGGGUAGUGGGGACAUUAGGAGCAACCUCCUAGGGUUGUUGUGAGGAUGAAAUGAACUGCAGCAGCCUGAGGCAGGGCUGGGAAGAGACCUCAGCACAUGUUUGUUGAAAGGUUUGCAGGUGGAUCUAGUCCCCCGCACCCCGCUCACGUCUCACAUGUCUCACCUAGUCUCCUGCAGACUCCUGGAGCCCCUAUGCCCAGGGCUCUCCUUUCGCCAGCCGGCUUCCUCGAGGCCUGUCUACACUUGCUGCUUUCCUUCCUCACCUCCAAUUUCCCCUCCAACCCACUGCUUCCUGACUCGCUCUUCUCCAUCGAACGGCUCUCGCUCAGGCCUGUCGCGUCUUCCUGUGCCAUUUCCUGUUGUGCUCAGGUUCCACGAGCUGCCCAUCUCCACAGAGGAGCAGGUGAGGCCGCUGCGUGUCUUCAUGCGUCUGGCAUUGCCCACCGGCCAUGCCGGCUGAAGAAGAGAAGACUGAGGACCCCACGACCCCCGGCGCAAGGACCCCACGCCGCCCAGCGCGAGGACCCCACGCUGCCCAGCGCAAGGACCCUACGCCGCCCAGCGCGAGGACCCUACGACACGUUGCAACCCUCCUGGAUUAGGCCGAAGUCGUCAUCUGGAUUCCUGCGUGGGACCCUGGACACACGGAAACAGACAACCUGCCCCCAGGACCCUCCAACUGUAAAUCGAUUGGAAGCGCCCUUGUGAGCUGGGGCCUUCAAAGGGCUGAGGAGAAAAUGCAGGCCGAGAGACCAGCUUCUCAAAUAGGCUUCAAGCCUCCAUGACCUGAGCUCACCCCCUGGAAAUGUCUGGAAAACAUAAUGGGCAGGUUUUCUGUCUUCAAAGUUUCCAUCAAAACCUCUUCAAGUUCUUUAUUGUUUAGGACUGAGACACUUGGGGACAGUAAUGGGGACUUUCUUUUGUAUCUGUCUUGAAAGGCCAAAAUAUUUUUAUAUUGCUGUAGACAAAGCCACCUAUUUACAAAUGAACUCUGUUCCGUCGUUUCCCACCGGGAAGACCGUACUAUGUUUGUGUCUCUAUGUAUUCUGGGGUCUUGAAACAGGUUUCUCAUGGGGAUGGCCAUUCACUGGGGCCCAGAGGGGCAGAAGGGGAAGUGCCUACCCUGCCACGUGGGUCUGGGGAAGGAGGGGGGCUAGUCACAGAUUUGCUCCUUGUAUGUCCAGGGUAAACCCUGGGAGAAUCUGGUGGUAAAAGAACAUAUGCUGUGUUUGCCUCACAUCUGCCAUUUGUGUGUGUUUCUGGGCUGCGGGUUUGCACACUUUGGUGGUUAACGUGGUGGGAGGAAGUAAGAUGGGCCAAGAGGCCACGGGUGCUCUGCUUUUCUUGUUGGGAGGCUGUUUCACUGGUGUGUGUUACAUCACAUAAUGCAUGUUUAGCUGGGUGUGGGAAAACAGUGUGAAGGGACAGAGAAACAAAUAGCUAUAGAAAGCAAGUCGUGGUGGGAGCGCAUAGUCACCAUUCCAUCUCAUUGGUGUCCAGGCAAUUCAUAUAUGACUGAAUAAAAUGCCGGGUAUAGAGAGGGCCAUGUACAAACUGGUAUUGGGCCAUCGUGGACCUAAGGAAGUUUUUUAAUUGAAGAAGGAAUUCUAAAUAACAGAAAGAAGAAUAAGAAGAACUGUCUAAGCCAGCUCUGAGGUUUUUUAGGCCCCUUAAUAUAAACAGACAGACGAUGGGGUGAUCAGAGAGAAGGAAAUAGGAAAGAAAGAAAACAAACAAACAAGGUGCUUACAAAAUAUGGGUGUGUGUGUGUAAGCAUGCAAGGAGAACCCAGCUAGGUUAGUAUUCGGGUGAUAGAUAGUUAAUCCUGUGUAAGCAUCUCAGCUCCAAGGGGAUGAGAGGCAGCAAGUGAGAAAGAGAGGACACACAGGAGGCUUAACAAGACAGGCAGUGUUGAGAGAGAGAGUGUGUGUGAGCGAGCCACCGAGUACGGACAGCCCAGGAACUUCAGGGGAUGGUUAAGCUAGGCUUCAGUCUGACCACUUCAUUCUACCAGCAAAGAAAGGCUUAAAUACUAAAAAGAAGAAAAGCGGGAAGAAAGGAUGGUAGAUGUGAAAGGCAUAGGGACUGCAAGUGCCAAUGAGGGAUGCUUGCAGGUGACUUGAUUCACUAGCCUUGCAGCUGAGAAAGACAGCCAGUGACAAAAGGGAAGAAGAAAGGUAAUAAUGCUCUCACAAAUAGGAUAGGUAGAUGAAUGUAGCUAGAAGACACGGCACGGCUAGGGACGGGAUGAGAGGCUGUGUCAGCAGACUGGUUAAUUCCCAUCUGUGCUUCUGAGAUGGACAAUGACCCACCCAACCAAGAGACCUUUCAGGCAUCAAUAUGUCAGGGAGGGCUUCAGUGGGGCAAUGGAGGGGAGGCCCAUUAAUAGCAGAUUAUGAUGUAUCCAAUUAGGUGCACCUGCCCUCUGCAAGUGCAGAAACCAGUAUUGAAAUGGAAAGAAAGACUGAAUGGAAGCCGGAGAGUACAAAUGAAUGGAUGGGAAAAAAAGAUUUGCAUUCACACUUAGUGGGAGGGGCUGCCGAGCCCCAGGGUCAUCCGAUCUCCUGGAGAAUAAAAGGGGGAGGGAGUGAUAGAAAGUAACCAUAAGAUGGGGAAGAAAUGAAAAGGAGUGCAGAAGAUAAUAAGUGGGGACAAUUAAGUCUAGGAGCGGGGGCUUGUUUAACACAAGUCAUCCAUAGUAAUUCAAAAUUGAGGCCCUGGGCUGGGCUGGGGCUCAGGGAUGAAGCUGUUGCCUAGCAUGUGCCAAGUUCUGGGUUCCAUCUCCGCCUUGCAAGACAAACACAGGAAACAAAAUUAUAGCCCAGAGAUUGUAAAUGUUGUUUUUGAUGGUAUUGGGACAAAGACCUAGAUGCAUUGGGAGAUAGAGAAAAAGGAAGAGGUGGGAAAGAUUUAGAUGAUUGCAAGAGGAAACAGCAGUUCUUAGAUAAGUGUUUAAAUAUGACGAAUACAUAUCUGUUGGGUGCGUCAAACGAAAAUAUUGAAAAGAAACAAGUUUAGAAGUGACCACACAAGGAUGAGCGGGAAGUGGUGACCUUAGUCAAUCACUGUGGUUCUCAAGCCAUGGCAGGGAUAAAAAAAUGUACAAAGGAGAGAAAGGAAGACACAUGCAAUACUGAAAAGUGAUGAGACAGACAGACACAUUGAAAAGGUUAAGGACAUAAUGAAUAUACAUGGAGACAUAUGCCUGAGAGGGCAAUAUAGGGAUGAGAGAGAACAGCAAGAAUUCUGCUUAAUUCAAAACUGGGUUCCUGAGAUAGCUAACUAUCUCCUGAACCCAAGCUCCAGCAGAGGAGAUUAAAUAACAAAAGAGCUGCAGGCAGACCCAUGUGGAGAAGGCUUGGGACCCUCAGAUCACGCUUAAUCUAAAGCUGUGCACCUGAGGUCCAUAAAUAAAAGAAUAAAUAUUGAAAUAAAGGAGUGACAGAAAGGAUGAAUGAGCACACAUGACUGAAUUAGAAAUGGAAAUGGCCAGAGCAGCCAGGAAGGGGGUGCCCAUGGGACUUCUGCUCAUCUUAUUCUGGGCACCUGAGGUCCCUUCCUGAGAAGAUGCAGGGAGAAGGGGGGAAGAGAAAGGCAUGAAAGAAAAUGAAAGAGAGGAGAGGAAAGGAAAUGAGAAAGUAGCGAAGAGAGGAAGCGAUCUGUAGGUGCCUCGGAAGAGGAACGUCCACAAGGAUUAAUAACGAGGCUCUCAUUAAUCCUAAAGAUCGAUGAGGUAAUCCAGGUCCAGGUUCUUAAGGGGAGGGAGAAUGGAGAGAAUUAAAAAAAAAAGACGCAAAAAAGGAGAGAAAGAUAAUAAAACAAGCAACAUGAUGAAUGGGUAAUUAAGAGAGGCUAUCUGGACAGAAAUAGUAAUGAGUUCCCACGCAUAGUCCUUAAAUAGAUAAAUACAUUAUACCUUUCAAAGAAUUCGUGAAAAAUUGAGGAAUACCAUGGCCCCCAAACAAGGCUGUGCCUUCCAUUGCUGUAAUAAAAUACGUGCAGCGGAGGGCCAUAAAUAACAGUAAAUACUUAAACGUAAAAGGUGACCAAAUAGAGGGAGAAGAUUGCAAGCCCAGAUACAUAAGGGAGGCAAUGUUUGGUUUGCAUGUGUAAUACAAUUAUGUUCACAGGAAAUUAAUAGAUUUGGGGGAAAAAUCCAAAAUCUAAGACAGAGAGGAAAGACAAGGAAGGGAAGCAAGAUCUGAGAGGUGAGGCAGAGACUCAGGGGUGGGCUCAACACGCCUUUUUCUAUUCUGCACACCUAGGCUUAUAAAAGUGAAGCUGUCAAGGCAAGAAGAGAGAUCUGAAAUCUAGGUGGUGGGCAGAUGGAUAGAAAAGGAACAAAAACCACAGGGAAAAGUGGAAGAGGGAUUCGCCAAGUGGGGGCUCCGGGAUCUGAGGUUACAGCUCAUUUAAAGCUGAGCCCUUGUUGUCCCCAAAGGAAUCAAAUCUUAAUGCUUUGGUGAAAGAAGAGAAAAUGGCAACAAUAUUGCAGAAAAGGAGGAAAGGGGGAGGCAGGGAGAGAGGGGGAGGCUGCAUGUGCUAUACACUGCCUCCAUAUAGCCUGACUGACUAGGAACAGCUAGCCAGGAUCAUCAUUGCCAGUUCCUGCUUGCGGGGGCCAUUUCACUGUCUGUCUCAUCUUCAGUCCAUAGACACAUCCCUGCAUAGUGCCUUUUACAUAGACAUGGGUAGGAGGGAAGGUCUCAGGCCUGGCACCCUGUAGAUAGUUGCAUGAAUAAGGGGCACUAUGCCCAGUGGGUACCUUGACUCCUCACUGGGAAAGGAUUUCUUCUGAUCCUGAUGUGAGGGGGAUUAGCCAGUCAAAGGGCAGGAGGAGGUCAGGGGAUAGGAGGCUUGGCCUGCUUCAUACCAUCUUGAGUGUGACUUACACCCAGGGUGCAGACAAAGCGAGCUUGACCUGGAAGUCCAGAGGCCCAAGAGCCCUGGGCGAAGCUAGUCUCUGAGAUUAAGACUGUCUCAGCUUAGAGCUCUAGGUGAGUGGAUCCCUGCCUAGGCUCCCACACAUGAUCCUGGGUCCCAGCCCCUAGACAAAUAUGCCACCCCUGGAACCCGUUUCAAGGCCCGUCUUCCAGAAUGUUUAACCUUGUGUUCUGUAACCAGUAAAAUACGCGUUUGUACUGUGUAUUGAACCUGUCUUCUUACUGCUUCUUACCCCAUGGGCUGCUGGGGGAGACCUGGAGAGUUGUUUUUUUUCUAGUGUCCUCCUGGGACUCUGGGACUCUGCUUCUUCCCAGUUUUCUUUCUCUGUUGUGGACAAGAUUUUGUAGAGUUGUGUGUUGUAUGCUUGUGUCUGACCAUUAAAAAAAAAAAAAAAAAAAAAAAAAAAAAAGAGUCACAGCCCUCCUUGACUUCUUAAAACUAAACCAAAUCAAACCAAACCAAACCAAACCAAACCAAACCAAACCAAACCAAACCAAACCAAACCAGAUUCUUGUCAGGUGCCUAAGCAGGAGGACAGUAGCUUAGCUGGAUCCAGGGAGCAUGUGCAGACCCGAGAGCAUUGUGGACAGAUAUGGCAAGGGGGCUUUGGUGGGAGCUGACUGCAGGCUUAGUAGAGAGAAGGCAUGCAAGGUUGGGGCGGGUGGGGCUGCUGCUACCUGAGUUGCUGAGGAGGGGCCCCUGGAAGAAGCAUUUUGAGAUGACUGAAGAAGGAAGAUGGGCGCUCCCUACCUACGCUUCUAGCUUCAAGGUUUUUAGUGUAGGCUCUGGAUAGAUGGCAACAGCCUCCGAUCGUGGAAGACACAGCCUAACCUUGUCAGAAGCCACCUUCUGUGCCCCCAGCACCACGUGUCUGGGCCACGUGAGCAACGCCACGUGGGCCUGACGUGGAGCUGGGGCCGCAGGGGUCUGAUGGCCUCCUGGUUCAGAAUCUGGGGCUCUGCCUCGGCGUUUAUCAUCCUUGGGACAUCUGCUGACCUGGCUCCGGAAGAUUGUCCACACAAGUCUGAGUGACUGUGUGAUAUGAGGGGGCGGGUGGAGACACUCAGGGGGCGGGGGAAGGCCAGAAAGGUCUUUGCAUGGGGCUCAUAUACAGCUGUUUAGAGAGUCAGGCAAGGUGACAAAAUGGCAGAUGUGGGAUUGGGUGAGGAGGAGAACGCUGGGACUACCUGUGGGCUACAGCUGUGAGACAGUGAGAUGGGGCAGCAUGGGGGUGGGUCUCUAGGUGGGCCUUGUCUCAACAUUCAGACCAGAACAUUGGAGGGGUGCCAUGGGUUACUUUGGGUCAGUGGGACCUUGGAGGGAACAAAGGCUCUGGUAGGUAACUUUGCCAUAUCACCUUGGGAAUAAUGAAGGAUAGAUCCAGCUAUUUUGAGUCUUUGGGGUUCUGAGAGUCAUGGUAGGGUUCCCUAGGAUACCUGUGGGGAGGGUGGUCUGCAUGUGCUCCCAAGUUGGGGUCCCAGCACUUCUGCCCGCUCAGGGCUGUCUUAGACAUAUUUGUUUAUUCUUUCAACAUUAUAAAAGAAGGCAAAUUUUGUCUUUUGAUUGACACACAUAUGCAAAACACAAGUCCUUUGUCUGAUAAUACUGGGACCUACAGCUCUCCUUGGCUCCCCCCGGCAACUUUGAGCCCACCUUAGGUGCAGGUGGGCCAAAGGCCCUGGUGUUUUCUGAGGUGAAGUUGUCAAUGUAAAGAUAUAUAACUCAGAGCAGGUGUAAACACGCCAUCAACUCUGCCCUUCAUGUGCUCCAUCUUCCUGUCUGCCUUUUCUUUCGAGCACAGUUUUCUUGUUUUAUUUUACUUUUUAUUUAUUUUUAUUUAACGAGCAUCCUUUUUUAAAAAGAAAAGCUCCACUGGUGGUGCUUACUUUUCUGUUGGUGUUUUCUGUCUGUUGCAGUGAGCAUCUUGUCCACAUUUUCAUUGCUCCAUGAUCUCUCUCACCUGCUUGGGUUCCACUGAAUGGCUAUGACAUCAUCAUCUACCCAUCUUUUCUGUUGCUGGUGCAUGAUCAUCUCUUUCUUUUUUUAUUUUACAUUACCAAUGACAUCACAACUAAUGGCAUUGCACAACCAGCUUUCCCAGCAUCCUUUGCCCCCCACCCCCAACCCCCUACAUCUAGCUCUUGCCAUGGCUCCUUUCUUUUCACCUUGCUUCCUUCUGCUAGACUGUGAGCCCACUCAGGGCAAGGAGCUUGCGGAACUGAGCUCUGUAUUUCUUGUAGGGAGUCUAUGAAUGUUGACUGCAUACGUGUGAAAGGGUGGACAUGUAUGAGUGACAGUGAUUGAGAGAGUGGCAGGCAGAUGAGAGGAUAGAUGAAUGGAUUAAUGAAUGAAUGGCUGAGUGAGUGAAUUCGAAAGUGAAUGGACAGAUUCUCUGUGGCUGAGCUUGGAUGAAAGGAUAGUGGUGUUUGGCUGUUGGUUGAUUGAAGAAAGCCUACAGUGUUUUAUCUUGUCUGAUGUAUUAGCAUUUAAGGUGAUGUAUUAAUACUUAAGAUAUCUGCUGACUCCCCCACCCUGUUAAAAAAUGCUUUCAUGUAUGUAAAACUUGUUCUGAUUACUAAUGAAGGCUGAAUACUUUUCACCCAUGUUUGCUAACAAAUUGUAUCUUAUCUUCUGUGAACUGUUUGUCCAAGUCCAGUGGAUUAUGGCUCUUUAAAGAUCUUGGUUGCUUGUGUCCCUAGACUAGGCAAGGGUCUUUCACAGUCAUCUACAGAGUGAUGUGGGAGGCCCAACUGACUUGCAGGUAGUUUGACAUUAGGAUUUACUUACCCUUGACAAUAGGAAGGGUGAUAUCUUGAACCAGCAUGCAGAGAACAGUUUUAGGCUUGUGUCUGGGUUUACCGUGCCUUUAUAGCUUAUGAGCUCUGACCUGUCCUCUGUGCCUCUUGUGGUGUGGUAGCCCUUCAUUUUGUCCUCCUGAGUGAUGGACUACACAUCUGCCUCUCCCCUUUUAUCAGAAUGUAAACUCUGGAGCCAAUUCUUACAGGAACUGGCUUCUUCGUGUUCUGUCAUCUGUCUUCAUACAUCCCUUAGCUCUAGCUUUCCCUUGCACCUCAGUGGCAGUUGUGGACUUUUAGGGAAUGAAUGGAAAAUCCAGUUCAGGACUGAUGUGACUCCCUCAGGUUAGUCCUAGGAUCAAGGCCAUUUUCUAGUCUCUGCUCUUCCCCUUACAAUCUCCUCAGAGGGUAGUUCCUGCCAUCUGGGUAGGGUAUGUAUUCCAGGAGAACUCACCUUCCAGAACACCCUCCCACCCUCUACUAUAGCACUUAGCAUGUUUGCCUAUGUUCGGCCCUCUCACUCCAUGCUUUUGUGGACAUUGAAGCUUGGAAAGCCAGUGAUGACUUCAACUGACUUUAUUCAUCUACCUAUCCACCUAGCUAUCCAUCUAGUCAUCUGUCUGUUCACCAUCCAUCCAUCCAUCCAACCAUCCAUCCAUCUACCCACCCAUUCACCCAUGCAUCCAUGCAUACACGAAUUGAGCCUCCAUCACUUGACCUGGUGCUUUGGGCCUCUCUCCCUCUCCUGAAAGCAAACCCCUUCACCUUGGGCAAGCUGUGUGACACCAUGGGCUGUGGUCGUGAAGCAAGACCCCCUUUCACAGCCUCCUCCUCCACCUUCUCCUCCUCCUAGGUCACGGCUCUGAGCACGUCCCAGCUGGACCCCAUCACCACAGCUUUUUCUCCAUAAGGCUUCUCAAACCUCACACCCUUCUAUUGUGAUACAGGAGGGUCAGGUUCCCAGAGUGCCCUGGGGCCGGCCCCUCCCACCAUAAGCAGAGCUGCCUCCCCAGGCUUCAUCCUGCCUGGUGCAUGGUCCCUGUCAUGAGCUUUGCCUCCCCCUUGCAGCUUCCUCCACCAGAUGGCGUGGUUGUAACUCAUGUGCCCGUUCCUUCACACCUUCAUUCAUUCAUUCUCUUACAGUCAGCAAGCAUCUUUAAAAAAAAAUUAGCUAGUGCUAUACUAGAGCUGGCUCCCAAGGACCCAUGGCACCACUGUCCUUUGAAAGAAAAGAUGGGGACAUUUGUAAAGAAACUGUGUUUGUGUGGCCAAUAAGAGGAGCUCCCUGAUUUCAAUUCAAACUUCAGGUCUGAGUUCUAUUGCAAGCUUGAUUGCUCUCUCCAAUUUUGUUCCUCACAAAACUAGGUUGAUUAGUAAUCAGCAAACUGUGUUCCCUGGGUGCUCAGAAAUCACAGCCCAUAUCCUUAAGAGGCCCAAAUGGGGAGUGGACUAAGCAGUAAGCAGCUGCCUCUGGCUGUGAGCAGGCUUUCAAGGCUGGGAGACACUCUGUUCUUCUACAAGGAUGAUCUGAGAGUCAUUCUGGCCACUUUGGAGCUCAGCUAAUGCUUGGCUCCUUUUUAGAGUAAAUUGCAGGAGAUGGUUGCUUGUACAGGUGACAAGGAUCAUAUCUUAGUGUCCUUUCUGAAUAAUCCAUUCGUAGGCCCAGGGGAGAAAGACAUGUGGCACUUUGCAAACCCCGAGCUCAGCCCUGUGGAUUUGGGUGGGGGGUGAGGUUCCAGGCUAGGUGAGGCCUCCUUCCAGCUUUCUGCUGUGAAGGGGAUGAGGCACAGGUCUCUUCUGAGUUCUCUUCCCACUGGAAGCAGUAGGAUUUGGCAAGGCCAGGAUCUGGAUCUGGACAAAUUGUGUGAUGAAUCUUAUCUCAGGGCUGUUGUGAGGAUUGGUGUAACUGGACAUUUCUGACUGUGACUCUAGAAGGCAGUGUAUGUGUCCCUGGGGGUAUGCCAGAGCAUUGGAAACCCUACCCCUGGGGUGGGGGUGGCCUUGCUGGGGUAUACUGGGGAAUAGUCUGUGUCUCUGUGUCUGUGUAUUUUCAUAUAAAGUGAGUCUUUAGAUAGUCCCUCUGCCCUCUGCCCCCUUGGACACAUCCACACCGACCUCUAGGAGAGGUUGGGGUUGCCUUUAGUGCUCUGACUGAGGACCAAGCCUCUGAUUCAGAACUGUAUUUGGCACCUAGUGACAUCUCCUUCCAAAAGGGUCUUCCCAGGGGAGUACUUGGCAUGGUCUGGCAGUCCCCAUUGUCCCUUUCCCAAUGUCCUCUCUCCCACUAACAGCAUCAGGCCAAACUGCCUGAGAUCUGGUGCCUACCACAGUGCCUGGCCAGGGGUAGGGCUUCAGUUAUCUUCUGUUGUAUUUGUGUGGAUAGAUGGGCAGCUAGCACUUGUAACGGGUCCUCGGGGCAGAUGCGUAUGCUCUGAUACAGUGGUUUGUAAUGGGGAAUGUAUCUGAACCCAUAUCAAAUCAUCUCUCUGCCUUAACCUGUUAACCAGCCACUGUUGUAGUAGGCUUUUGCACAUUGCCGUGUUGUCUUUCAUGCUAAGUAAAAGAACUCUUGCUUUCUGCUCCGA